AGAGCACGAUUAUUGUUUUUAUUUUAAAAAUCAGAAUAUUAAGACGCGAAAAAACAUCGCAGGAUUGAAUUUCGGAAGUCUGAGAUUUGAAAUGUUCGUACUUCCGGAUCAGGUUGUAAACUUUGCACGCGCUCCGUAUGGCCGGUGGUUGGUUUGGACAGUGUUUAAUUGGACUGUAGCGGGCGUCUGAUCGUGGAGAUGAGAUGGAGGUGUGUGUGUGCUCCGUGUUAUUGCUGUGUGUGUGUGUUUAUGUGACUCUGCAGCUGAUCCGCUUCAUCACCGCGGACGCGGAUUUCACUCUGCUGUGGGCGGCUGCUGUGGGGAGAAGCCCAGAGGUGGCUCUGAGUCAGAAGGUGGUGUGGAUCACCGGAGCGUCCAGUGGGAUCGGGGAGGAACUGGCCUAUCAGCUGGCUGCAGUCGGAGCUCGACUCGUGCUGUCUGCACGCCGAGAGAACGAGCUGCACAGAGUCAGGAGGAAUUGUUUGGAGCGCUCGUCUUUAGAAGAGAAGGAUAUUCUCGUCCUUCCACUCGAUUUGUUGGACCGAUCGACUCACGGAGAGAAAACCGAGUCGGUUCUGCAGCAUUUCAGCAAGAUAGACGUGCUGGUGAAUAACGGUGGGCGGAGUCAGCGCUCUCUCUGCGUCGACACAGACAUCGAUGUUUACGGCAGUCUGAUGGAGCUCAACUACUUGGGAACCGUCUCGGUCACGCAGCACGUCCUGCGGCACAUGAUCCAACGCGGCGACGGUAUCAUAGCAACCGUCAGCAGCAUCGUGGGCUUGGUGGGGGUGCCGCUGUCCACCGGAUACGCAGCCAGCAAACACGCACUGCAGGGUUUCUUUAACUCCCUGAGGACGGAGCUGACAGACUAUCCAAACAUCACCAUCAGUACCAUCUGCCCCGGGCCGGUCGUGUCCCAAGUCGUCCACAAUGCCUUCACUGAACAAGUCGGAAAGCCGGUGUCUGACGCAGGAGAUCAGUCCCAUAAGAUGUCGACUGAGCGUUGCGUGCAUCUGAUCGUGGCCGGCCUGUCUAACCGCGUGAAGGAGAUGUGGAUCGGCCAGCAGCCGUUUCUUCUCUUCUUCUACUUGUGGCAGUACACGCCCACCUUCGCCUGGUACAUCACCAACCUGCUCGGCAGGAAACGAGUGCAGAACUUCAAAGCUGGACUGGACGCAGACACGGCGUAUUUUACCAAGCCAAAGGCCAAGACGAGCUGAAAACCUGCACUGAUUAACUAUUAUAAAGCGCUAAAUAUGGUACUGUAUGUAAUAUAUAGUAUUAUUUAUAUAGUGCUGUAGGUCUAUACGUAUAUAAAUAUAUAAACGGAUAUGAUUCUAUUGCUGCAUUCGACUAGAGGUCAUAACCUCACUUCCUACCUUUUGCUGAGUUUAUCCCAUAUAUACACGUAUUACCUUUAGAUCACAGCUGGCUCGCUUGUUGCUCAUCCCGAGCUCUUCUGAGGUAAAUGGAAUGCAGCAUAUACGUGUGAUUCUAGAACUUUCUACGCUAUUAUAGCAUGGCAGUGCAUAGACUGUUUAUGUGUGUGUUUACUGUGAAUAAUGAAUGAACCUUCAAUUUUUAAAAUUCAGAGGUUGACUGAUGCAGAGAGAGAGAUAUAUAUAUAUAUGUAUAUAUAUAUGCUGAUAAAAUCAGUGGAUGUUUAAUUUUUACAUUUAAUUAUUUAUCAAUGCACUACUGUAUAUAAAUGACCGGUAAUGAUUUAAAAAAAUGUUCUGUAGAAAAUCCACAUGGACACGAUGCUGUAUUGAACAAAUAAUUAAAUAAACCAACAACUAAGCAGUU